AUGAGUGAUGAGAUGUUAGUAGAUUCUGUGGUUAAGAAGAUUCAUGGAAUGUCUAAAGAUUAUAUUGAUCAUGGAGAUGCCAUCUUUGUGUGUUCUAAAUGUGAUGCAAUGUUAUGGGAAGAUGAAAUGCUUAAGGGAAAUAAAAAACGUAAGAAAACAUCUUAUUCUCUUUGUUGUUCAAAUGGAGAUGUUGAGCUACCACCACCGCCUACACCUCCUCCAUUACUACGUCAUUUAUAUAAAAGUCAUACGUCACAGUGUCACAAUUUCAUGAAUAAUAUUCGAGCAUAUAACAUGAUGUUUUCCUUCACAUCUCUUGGUGGGAAGGUUGACAAAAGUUAUCAGAUAGGUAAAGGUCCUUAUGUAUUUAGACUACAUGGUCAGAAUUAUCAUCGAAUGGGUAGUCUACUUCCGGACGAUGGGGAAGAACCCAAAUUCUCACAGCUUUACAUAUAUUAUUCACAAAAUGAAGUGGUAAAUCGUCAAAAAGCAGUAAGUUCUCAGAUAGAAUCCAAAACUAUAAGAAACAACCAGCUUGAUAGUACAACCAUCAAAGGUCUUAAAGAUAUGUUGGAUUCUUGCAAUCCUCUUGUCCAAGCAUUUGAUAAACGGGACACUGUUGUUAGAAAGAAGUCUGGUGGUCUUCAAAGAAUUAGCGAGCUUCAUCCCUCUUACCUUGCUUUGCAAUAUCCACUUAUUUUCCCAUAUGCAGAAGAUGGUUAUAGAGUUGGUAUUAAACAUAGAGGGAUUGCGGUUGAUAAUGAGCAUUUUUUGGUUGAUGGAUACACAAUGAUAGAAUGUGCCAGGUUGAAUUAUAUAAGGUCACAACAACCUAAACUUAGAACACAAAAUCUUAAGAACUUGAAUGCUACUGUUGAAAGUGGAGAGAAUAAUGCCUCAAGUUCUGGUAAACCUAUACUUUUACCUUCAUCAUUUACUGGUGGUUCUAGAUAUAUGAUGCAAAAGUACUUGGAUGCUAUGGCAAUUUGCAAGUCUGUUGGAUAUCCCGACUUAUUCAUAACGGUGACUUGUAAUCCAAACUGGCCUGAGAUUUACAGAUUAUUCAAGUGUAAAUUGGAUCAUCUUAUAAAAGAUUUCAAGAAAGAUAAAUUCUUUGGUGAUAUACAAGCAGUUAUGUAUACAGUGGAAUUUCAAAAGCGUGGACUCCCACAUGCUCACAUAUGUUUGUUCUUGGGUGCUGAAAGCAAAUUUCCAACUGCAUCUGAUAUUGAUCGUGUUAUUAGUGCUGAGAUACCAGGUAAAGAAAGAGAUCCUGAAUUAUAUGAGCUUGUCAAGAAAUUUAUGAUUCAUGGACCAUGUGGUACAGACAACCCACUUUGUCCAUGUAUGGUUCAGCAAAAAUGUUCUAAAAAGUUUCCCAAAAAAUAUGUAGAUGAGACUUGUGUUGAUUCUAAAGGAUAUCCUGUCUAUCGUCGUCGUCAAACAAGUAAUACAGUAGUAAAGAAUGGUGUGGCACUUGAUAAUAGAUUUGUAGUUCUUUACAAUGCUCUCCUACUCAGAAAGUGUCAGUUCCACGUUAACGUUGAAUGGUGCAACCAGUCAGGUUCUAUCAAAUAUUUGUUUAAAUAUAUUAAUAAGGGGCCUGAUAGAGUCACGGCUUCUGUUUUUCAAGCCAAUAGCACCAACAAUGAUACGGAACAGAAUGUAGCUGUAGAUGAGAUAAAAGCAUACCUUGAUUGUAGAUAUAUCUCUGCUUGUGAAGCUGCUUGGAGAAUAUUCAUGUAUGAUAUACAUUAUAGAUAUCCAGCUGUUGAAGUAUUACCUUUUUAUUGUGAAGAUGAUCAGAGUAUUGUGUAUAACGAUCAUGAUAAUUUGUGUGAUAUUGUUACUGAUCCAACUAUGAAAAUGACAAUGUUCACAGAGUAG